AUGCCGACUCCCUGCGCAAACAGGCGACUCUACGACGAAUUCUGGUCUGGCGAACCGGGACAUGUUGGCUAUCCCAAGCACUUGUGUUGCGCUGCCCUCCACCCAACCUUCAAAAUAAUCCUUCCCCCGUGGUAUGUCGGCUCGACACCAACAAACGAUGAACAGAAUAUAGCGAGCAUGUUUUGGGGGUUCACGCUGGGAGUCGGCCUAUGGAGCGGAGUCAAGGGUUAUCGACAAAGUAGAGCCAGUUGGAACAGGACACACAGGGUCAACAUCUACAUAUGGUUGAUCUGGGCGGAAUGGAUCGCCAGUAUAGUCAUCGGCAUCAUAUCCUGGUGCUAUCUGACAUCCAUCAUUGAUCCAAGUCGUAUUGUGGACGAUCCAGCCACACGACUGAAAUGGGGAGUCUUUGGCAUCCUCUUGGCGGUCAACAUCAGCGUCUUCUGUAUCUGGAUUCCAGCCCGUCUUCAGAUCAACGAGACUUACAUUCACAUCAACGAGAUCUGGGACAGGAUAGAAAAGGGCAUCUUUCUUCUCGUGGAUGCUGGACUGAACCUUACCUUCAUCUAUCUGGUCAAGUCGCGGCUAAUUGCUAGCGGCUUGACCAAGUACACGGCGCUAUUCCGAUUCAACCUGGCCAUGACUGCAGUCUCAAUGUCACUUGAUGUCAUCCUCAUUGGACUCAUGUCCCUGCCGAAUACUUUGAUCUAUGCCCAGUUCCACCCGCUAGCCUAUUUACUCAAACUACAUAUCGAAAUGGGCAUGGCAGAUCUGAUUGCAAAGGUCGUCAAGGCCUCAAACCCCAUGCGCCCACACGCCGAAACAAGGAGAGACAGCACCGAAGGAGCGCCAGAUGCGAACAAGAACUCAUUAUCGAAGUCGAGGUCCAGAAGAUUCUCGAUGCCCUACGUAGCUGGGAGGUGGAUGUUGAGCUCGGAGAAUGUACAACCCAAAAGAAACACCGUAGGGCCAGAACUCGAGCUCGGUAUGCAGGCCGACACAUUCUCAGGGAGGGCGGCAGAGCCAGAGACUACGCCGCACCCUCGUUCGCUCUCUCGUCACAUAACUGAACCGAAUGGGAUACCUGGGCUGGGUAUGACGCCACAGUCAAGGACUAGUCGCCAGGAUUCUAGUAGUACUGUGAGGGAGCAAGACCAGGAUGUUGCGUGGUAUGUUUAA